AUCUGUUAUAUUCUUCAUGACGUCCAAUAUUUAUCAUGAUUUAUGAUUGUUUACAGGCGGCCGAGGAUUCUAACCUAACGAACAAGCACGUGGCAAACAUCGGGGACGUGUGCGAGUCCAUGAAAACCCAAUUGCUUUUCCUGGUCGACUGGGCCAAGCGCAUACCCGCGUUCACAGAACUCCAGCUGAAUGACCAGGUUUCGUUGUUGCGGGCUCACGCUGGAGAACACUUACUCUUGGGUUUAGCUAAGAGGUCGUUAAUGCUCAAGGACGUUCUGCUACUGGGAAACAAUCGCGUUAUAACCCGUCACGUACCCGACAACGGAAUUCCGUCGGACUUGGACAUAAGCAGAGUGGGUUCGCGCGUACUAGACGAGCUUGUCAAACCAUUGAAUGACGUGCAAAUCGACGACACUGAAUUCGCGUGUCUAAAGGCCAUCGUUUUCUUCGAUCCAAACGCCAAAGGCCUAAACGAGUCAGACCGCAUUAGACGCAUGCGCAAGCAAAUCCACAGAAACCUAGAAGACUACAUCAGUGACAGGCAAUAUGAGACGUGUGGCCGAUUCGCCGAAUUGUUGCUUACGUUGCCAGCGUUACAGUCGAUCACCUGGCAAAUGAUCGAACAGAUUCAAUUCGCAAAGUUGUUCGGAAUGGCACACAUCGAACCACUGUUACAAGAGAUGUUACUCGGAGGAGCUUCAAUCGAUCCUGAAGCAAAUGCCCAUCAAGAUAACAAAAACAUCAAUGUCAUCAAUGUGCCAUAAACUAAAUAUGGCAUUAAAAUUCCAGAACAUCUAUUGCGAUUGACCACAUCAUUGAAUUCUUUAUAAUACAGUGUAUAUAGGUUGAUACUUCUAUUAUCACUUUACAUAAUAUUAUAAUGUUGGAUGUUAAUAAUCGUCAUAAUUUAUUGYCCGACUUAUUUGAAUAAUUAUUUUAAUAUUGCUAUUAAUUUAAAUACCUACUUGGUUAACAUACUAUUUUUGUUAUUGUUUUAUUUUUAUAAUUGUAAGAUUUUUGUUUAAUAUAUUUCCCUACUCUCAAAAUUAAUUCAGUAAUACAACAGACAGAUUUAGGAUCUCUUUAAAGUUUAUACCUGUGAAAAAUAGAAUUAUUCAAUAACCAUCUUUAAAUAUUCAAACUAUCUACUAUAUCGACAUUACAAACAUAUUAUGUGCACCUUUGUUUAACAAAUUAUAUUUUUUUUAUUUAUGUUAGAUUUAUCGUGUUAAUUUACUACUAUUCCAUUGUCAAUAAUAUACAUAUUUACAGGGUGUAACACAAAUAUAYGUCAAAUGAAACAUAUAAAAGAUAUGACAUUUUGAAAUAUCUUUCUGUUACACUCUGUAUAUUCAAGUACUUUUCAAACUAGUAUAACUAUUUUGUACAUUGCCAUUAGAUAUAAAUAGGUAAAUUAUAUUGUA